ACACCUCCUUGUCCUUUGUUUCCUCCAGCUGGCAGACAGUAGCUCCUCCAAAUACUGACAUGAGCUGACCAUACAUAAAUCUAAGCAGGAUAUUCUGGGAGCAGUCAAGAGGAUUUUCACAAAGUUCACAAUCUAAAUGUACAAGUGAAACACUCUGGAGCGAUGGAGUCUCCAGAGUUUUCUCUGUUGUCGUCCUUGAGGGGAGAGUUUAAAUCAGAGGAUUACAUCCAACCCCACUAUAAGGAAACCUAUCGCCUGGCGAUUGAUCACCUGGUGAAGAGCGGCAGAGAGAGUUACUCGGAGUUCCUAAAGGGAGAGCGUGUUGGGAGCUUCCUCUCAGAGGAAGAGCUUCUCUUCAUCACUGAAAAUGCAGAACAGCUCAAACCUCAUAACCAUGCAGAGGAAAACAGUGGUCCAUCAGACAACCAAUCAUCCUCAGGGACGUACUGGCCCAUCCACUCGGAUGUGGACGCACCAGACUUAGACAUAGGAUGGCCAGAGGCAAUGCAUGACAACCUGCAGACAAAUAUAGAUCUGCUGUUUCAUCCAGCAAGACAAAACCACCCCACCAUCAAAGAAGUGGUCCGGAAGAAUAUUCAGGAGGCAAGACAGGUCAUUGCCAUUGUAAUGGACAAGUUCACUGAUGUAGAUAUAUUCAAAGAAGCUGUCGAUGCCUCUAUAAGAGGAGUCCCAGUCUACGUGCUUUUAGAUGAUUUCCAUCUGAAGAGUUUCCUCACAAUGGCUGAAAAUCAAGAUGUAAAAAUUCAGCAACUCAGAAACAUGAGGGUGCGCACUGUGAAAGGUCAGGGUUACCUCUGCCGAUCAGGAGCUAAAUUUCAUGGGGCAAUGGAGCAGAAGUUCCUUUUAGUCGACUGCCACACAGCGAUUUAUGGCUCAUACAGCUUCACUUGGUCAUUUGAGAAGAUUAAUCUGAGCAUGGUGCAGGUCAUCAAAGGACAUCUGGUGAAGUCCUACGAUGAGGAGUUUCGAACACUCUACGCCCGGUCGAGUGUGCCAGCUGAACUGUGCCCUCCGGAGGGUUUGUUCCAAUGCAACGGGCCACACGGACGACAGCUUUUGUCAAAUUCUCAUUCUGCCCCAAAAAUUGAGCGGAGGGACCAGUUGAGGCAUACGCUGGACACAGUCUAUAGGAAGACCUGCGAGAGGAAACUUGGCAUGAGAAACCUUGAAGAGAGGCUCUUUGAAGAGGAACCUAAUGAGCUUGGGCCCAUGAUUGAGAAUGGCAUGGGUGUUCCGAACCAGAUGACUCACCUUCAGUCUACAGAGGCGAUGAACUUCUUGAAAAGACACAGCUACGCUGGGGAGAGACAAGAGGGACAUGUGCCACAAAACAUCAGGCCCAGAGCGAGUAACUGGAAUAUCUCCAGAGAAACAGGAAAUCAAACAAACAACUACCCCAUGGACAAUUAUUUACAAGUGCCACAGAUGCACCGAGGUCAAAACAUGCGUCAGUCUUACAAUGGAAACGACAAGCAGGUUCAGUCCAUGCAGCAGAACAUGCCAACACUGGAGAAUACAUCCAAAUCGUUCAUGCGCACAUUGAGGAUUGAGUCUUACCUCAAAAACCCUGACGUCCCCUAUGGAGACUCUUAUGACUAUUUAGACCAGUUUGAAUCACUGGACAAAGCUAACUCCUACAUGCAGGGAAGAAUGAGGUCUUCCCUUGUUUUCAGGUCCACCAUACCAGAGCAAAUGGAGCCAAACAGACACAUGAACAACUCUUCUACUGGUGUUAGCUCCUUAGCAGCAGCAAACACUCCUUUGCACUACUCAUCCAUGCAGUGGAAUCCAACAGCAGCAGCUGAUGACAAUUGGAAUAACAAAAGCUAUGAUCAAGGUAGAAACUCUUACCAGUCUGCAUACACUAGCCUAGGCAGAGCUAAAGGUGGACACAUGAUCACAAACCCUGACAUCUUGGCAGAUAGCUGGCACAAAAGGCACAGCGUGGCAGAUCCAAGAUCAAACACUGAGUACGCACAUGAAUCCUCUGGUCACAUGUAUGGAGCUUUUGCAAGAAUGCAAGUUAACAGAAGCACAGCAGGGAUUACCGCACAGAAUGGAGCGUAUGGGUCAAAUCUGAAUGCAGAUCAGAGGUCUGUCUCUCAUUAUGAUGUCAAAAGUAUAACAGGCACAAAGAGCUCCAGUACACCCAACUGGCAGGAGCCACCAUCCAGGACUUUGUCUGCAGCAGCUCUCGAUGUUAAUGGCAAGGAUUUGACAACGAAAUCCAACAGCACAGGCUCUCAGCAUUUUUUAAAGAAGAGUCAAAAGAAAAUAAAAUCUUUUUUGAACAUACCAGAAAAAAAGGAGGAUUCAGUUGGAACCGCGGACACACAGAGCCUCAAGUCAAGUUGCAGUACAGACACCAUAACAGCUGAGGAUGAGGAGAAGGUAUCAGAUGGACGAGGAACAUUUCACCAAAGAACAACCAACCCUGUCAGGUCCUCCUCAGAGCAACAGAAGAACCGGCUAGAGGAUGACUAUCUAAAAUCUUCAAAACCACGAUUCAGAACUGAGGAGCACCACAAUCCACUGCAAAUCUCUCUCCCGAAAACUACCACACAGAAAAAACCAGCAGAUUGUGAGAAAAGUGCGAGGCCCAGCCUUGACACGGGAAGCUGGCGCAAAGAUCAAAGUGCCGAGAACCGCCUUUACAGCAGAUUUGAGCCUUUCUGCGCGCUUGAAAAGAAACACUCUGCACACAGCUUUGGAACCACACGCUCUCAGGAGAAAACUAAAAGCCUUCCUAAAGGCGAGGCGGCUAUUGAAAACAACCUCACCCGGUCUGCACGAGGGCACCAUGAAAAUAAGCUGGAGAAAUUCAUUCAAAGAGUAGGAAAUCUCAUACACAAGAACAAGUAGAGACAUCUGCGUUAGCAUAAGACAUAGGCUGCACACUACUAACACACAUUUGACUGGGAAUGUUUAUUUUUGUAUAGCUGGUGUUUGUUUAUGUGUCUACUUUGGAAAAUGUUAGAGCAAACAUUGUUUACAUUUGACUUAUGCUUAUUUUACUGUGUACAGAAGCAGUGAUGAACAUCACUGAAAGGACAAUAUAUUUUACAUGAAUACAUGCAGCAGAUUUCUUGCAAUACCACCUUCAAGAUGUCUUUUUGUGCUCCACUGGCGUCAACCCGAAGCAAUAAAUUCAAACGCUGUCAACAAAUGUUGCGGAUACAUUAAGUAGCAGUUGUGUCAAAAUGUCAGCGAUGCAUGCAAUUUGUUGCUAAAAGUGUAGGUGUGUGCACAUGCCAAAGUACUGUUGUUAUAUUAUUCUGCUUGAAUGUUGUCGGUAAGUCAACGUGAAAGGCAUGGCAAAAGCCAUUGGCAUGCAAGCUAAACACCAUUUCACAUGAUGAAACACAUUCCAAUAUGUCACCACAUCAUUGUCAUGUAUGUAUCAGACAGAGGUUUUAUGAAUGCUAUGGGGGUUGCAAUAAUUUUAGAAUACAUGAUGUGUUCAUAAUAAAUAUUUUGCACCAUUUUUCACUCUCUAUGAGCAUGUCUUUGAUUAAAUCUUA